CAUGGAGGAGAACUAUGAGAAUGUGACCUCACUGGCGUUUCCAGUUUCCAAACCUGAUGUGAUCUCCUGGCUGGAACGAGGGGAGGAGCCCUGGGUCCCAGACCUCCAGAACGCUGAGGAAAGAGAGACCCUGAGACAUACCUGCACAGCAGAUGAUGGGAUGAUGAAUGAGGUGGAGAAUCUUCAGCAAGACGACGCUGAGCAAGUAGAAGCACAUGGGACGUUAUCAGAAGUAUCCAGAGGGAAUGUUUCCUGGAGUUGUGCAGAGGCAAAUGCCUGUGAGAGUCAGCACAGACCAGAGAAAAAGUUCACUAGAGGCUCAGACCUUAUUAGAUAUGAGAGAAUCAACGCAGGAGGAGCACCCUACAUCUGCCUGGAGUGUGGGAAAACCUUCAAACAUAACUCAGUCUUUAUCAUCCAUCAGAGAGUCCACACUGGAGAGAGACCAUACACAUGCCCCGAGUGUGGAAAAAGCUUCAGUCGCAGCUCAAACCUUAUCACACAUCACAGAAUCCACACCGGGGAGAAACCCUACACUUGCCAUGAGUGUGGGAAAAGCUUCAGUCGGAGCUCAGAGCUUAUGAUACAUAGGAGAACCCACACAGGAGAAAGACCCUACACUUGCUGUGAGUGUGAGAAAAGCUUCAUUCGGAGCUCAGAGCUUAAUAAGCACCAGAGAAUCCACACGGGGGAGAGACCCUACAGAUGUACUGAGUGUGGGAAAGACUUCAUUUAUAGCUCACAGCUUGUCACGCAUCGGAGAAUCCACACUGGAGAGAGGCCCUACUCGUGCCCUGAGUGCGGGAAAGGCUUCACUUCUAGCUCACAGCUUGUCUCGCAUCAGAGGAUCCACACAGGAGAGAAACCUUAUUCAUGCCCUGAGUGCGGGAAAAGCUUCAGUUCCAACUCACAGCUUGUCUCACAUCGGAGAAUCCACACAGGAGAGAGGUCGUAUUCAUGCCCUGAGUGCGGGAGAAGCUUCAGUCAUAGUUCACAGCUUAUCACGCAUCAGAGAACCCACACGGGAGAGAAACCGUACACAUGUCCUGAGUGUGGGAAAAGCUUCAGUCGGAGCUCAAACCUUAUCAUGCAUCAUAGAAGCCACACAGGAGAGAAACCCUACACGUGCCUUGAGUGUGGGAAAAACUUCACUCGGAGCUCAGAGCUGAUCAGACAUCAGAGAAUCCACACGGGAGAGAGACCUUACCAGUGCCCAGAGUGCGGGAAAAGUUUCACUCGGAGCUCAGAUCUCAGUAAGCACCAGAGAAUCCACACUGGAGAGAGACCCUACAGAUGCCCUGAGUGCGGGAAAGGCUUCCGGUACAGCUCACAUCUUGUCUCACAUCGGAGAGUCCACACAGGAGAGCGACCCUACUCAUGCCGAGAGUGUGGGAAAAGCUUCACUGAUAGUUCACAGAUGAUCACGCAUCAGAGAAGCCACACAGGGGAGACCCCGUACACAUGCUCCGAGUGCGGGAAAAGCUUCAGUUGGCACUCAAACCUUAUCACACAUCAGAGAAUCCAUACCGGAGAGAAACCGUACACAUGUCCUGAAUGUGGGAAAAGCUUCAAUCGGCGAUCGAACCUUGCCACACAUCACAGAAUCCACACAGGGGAAACACCCUAUAGCUGCCCGGAGUGUGGGAAAAGCUUCAGUCGGAGCUCAGAGCUCAUCAUACAUCGGAGAAUCCACACAGGAGACAGACCCUACACUUGUUGUGAGUGUGGGAAAAGCUUCAUUCGGAGCUCAGAGCUCAUCAUACAUCAGAGAAUCCACACCGGAGAGAGACCCUACAGGUGUCCUCGGUGCGGGAAAGGCUUCAGUUAUAGCUCACAGCUUGUCUCACAUCAGAGAGUCCACACAGGAGAAAAGCCCUAGUGGUGCCUUGUGUGUGGGAAAAGCUUCAGUCAUAGUUUACAGAGUAUCAUACAUCAGAGAAUUCACACAGGAGAGUAACACUAUCCUUGUAGUCAGUAGGGCUGCAGUCUUCUACCUUUUGCAGUUCACCUUUCUUUGGGGUGAAUCCUGCAAUCCCUUCUAUCAACUUCUUUGUCUUCUGAGUUAUGGCAGUGUGUCCCCCUCCUGGCAGAAAUGUCCAUCAGUCCGAGUUGGGGGAGAGAGGGUUGACCUCAUCUAGCUACAGUGAGAUAAAAACUAUCUGUACCUUGUCUCCAGUAGAACUGUACAUUGAGUGGGUCAUGUCUACACUACCGCUUACGUUGGCAAAAUUUGUGUUUCUCAGGGGGUGUGAACCCCCCCCCACUCCUGAGUAACGGGAGUUUUGCCAGCAUAAUUGGUAGUGUGCACCGCGCUAUGUCAGUGGGAG